AUGGCCUUUGUCAUCCAGAACUCAGAGCAAGGACCAAAGGCAUUCCGACCCGAAAGUGCUGGAUGUUAUCUUGGCUAUCAUGGCAUCGAUAAUAGCAUAGCCAUCGAGUUUGACACAUACCAACAUGGACACUUUGGCGAAGUCAAUAGCAAUCACAUCUCAGUACAGUCCAAUGGAACCAAGCCCAAUUCUGCCGAUCAUAAGUACUCACUCGGCCAGGCAACGCCACUGGCUAGGUUAAACGACUAUCAGUUGCAUCAUGUUGUGGUCACCUACAAUCCUUAUGUUCCUGAAAAUGAACAUCAGAUGACAGUGGGCUUUGAUGGAAUUGACAUUAUCAAGUGCAAGGUGAACCUAGCAGAGCUACUCAAUCUGGAGAAUAACGAUGAGGCAUAUGUUGGAUUCACAGCUGCAACAGGUAUGUGUCAUCAAGAGCAUCUUGUAUACUAUUGUAACAUUGACAGGUUACUACCUUGA